AUGAGAAGAAACUCUCACGUCCAGUUCUGCAGUAGAGAUGGAAUUACAAAGGAACCAUCAACUAUAACCCCAAAAGAACUCGAUUCCGCACUUGAACCCGCUUGGAUCACGUCUAGACAAAUAGAAGCCGGGCGACGAGCAAUGACACGAAAUGCACGUCGCGGUGGAAAAAUAUGGGUCCGCGUUUUUCCUGACAAACCUGUUACAGUAAGACCCGCAGAAACCCGUAUGGGUUCGGGGAAAGGAUCUCCCGAAUAUUGGGUAGCUGUUGUCAAACCAGGUCGAAUACUUUAUGAAAUAAGCGGAGUAGCAGAAAAUGUAGCCCGAAGAGCUAUCACAAUAGCGGCAUCAAAAAUGCCUAUACGAACUCAAUUCAUUAUUUCAGGAUAA